AUGGAUAGAAAGUCUGCUAGAAUAAAAGCAGAGUUGCAAAGAUAUGGUUGGAGAGUUUCGAAGAAUUUUAAAUAUAGGAAGGGAAGACCCAUAAAAGUCUAUGACAAAUUGUCUGGUCUUCGCUACGAAAUGGACUUAGAAACAGCACGUGCAAAUUAUCCAAACAGACUAGAGAGGUUAGAAGAAGAACGUCUUAUGGACAUGCCUUUCGAUGUUAGUGAACCUCAAGUUGAAGGACACGACGGCUUUGCCAGAUUCUACUGGAAACAUGACGAACAAUUGCAUCCUUUGAGAAGGAAAAAAGGAAAAGGUGAAGACGCACAUGCUCCCAUGGAAAGAACAAGAUAUGCAUAUGAAAAGUAUCGUGAAGUUAGAAGUCAAAUUACAUCUGGUCGAACCUUUACAGUAAACUUUGACGAAGGAAAGAACAAAGAAGGCUUCAUGGGUGUACUUGCUGCAAUUCAAGACGGAAAUAAGAAAGGAUACAAUCUCAGACUAACCAUAACAGAUUUGGACGGUCACAUUUACUAUGCACAUGGCAAUGUCACAACAGCUGCAAUGCUUCUUGACGCUUUCAAGACUACAAAGAGAGAACAAAUGGUUGACUCAGACUCCGAUAUUUUGAAUGCAAUUGAAGGAAUUGCAAGCGUCAAGCUCGAAUGGUACAAACGUAACCCUCAAGCAGUCAGACAACAUGUUUGUUAG